AGGGCCACACCAGUGGGGAGGCGGAUGAAGCCCAGAGGUUUCUGGGGUCAGUAUGGCUGAGAAGAACUCAUCCGUGGCCCCCAACCCCCAGCAGUGUGUGCAGUGUCCCUGCUUCCUCUGACCAUCCCUAAGCUAGGUUUGGGGCCCAUUGAGGCAGGCUCUUCCUUAGGUAGAGCUCAGCCCCAGGGCAGCAUGGUGGCCUGCAUAGGUCUGGGUUGGAAGUGAGCUCCCUGAAGCCCCCCUUUACCCCACGCUGUACAGGAAACUGGGGGGAGGGGUAAGAAGCUCCAGAUGAAGCCCCUCUCCAAGCCCCUCCCCCACAGCAUGGCUGAGGCCAGGCACAGGUUUCCCAGGAAACGCAAAGGAAAGGAAAGCGCUGAGGCCAGACUGGCUGGACUGAUGGCUAGAACUGGCUGAACAGUGCCCGAGGGGACGCCAGGUGUGGGGACGUGGGCAAAGGCGGUGCUGGCCCUCUCCAGUCCCCCAGCCCCAUUCCACCCUGCCAAGUCUGAGGCUAGCAGCAGAGACCCCAGAAGGGCUAUCUUCAGUGUCCUGGUCACCCUGCCCCUCUUGGAGUCCGUCAUGGGAAACUGGGCCUCUAGGCUGGGCUGCCUUGGGGAAAGAAGCCGCUUGAGGCCUGGCCCAAAGGCCCAAGAGAGCCCCUCCCCGCCUGCAAACUUCCAGGGCCUGCAUCCACCAGGGGUCUCCUGGGCCUGGUGGGGCACCCGUGCCAUCCAGGUGACAGAGGUGACAGAGACAGUGGUGACAGAGACUGUGGUGACCGAGGCUGUGGAGGUGGGGCCUGGCCAGCAAGGAAGGCAGCCAGCCCAGGUGCCUCCUGUACUCCUGAAUACCCUGCAAAGCUGGUUGGAUGGUAUGGAGGAGCUGCAGGCCUCCCAGGGGCCCCUGGCCGCUGAUGCCACGGUGGCUGCUGCCCAGUUGCGUGAGCAGGAGUUGCUCCAGUGUCUGCUGCAGGAGCGGGCACCACAGAUAGAGCCAAGGCUGCAGGAGGUGGGGAGCCCAGCAAAGCUGCGUGCACAGUGGCACCGCUUGGUGCAGCAGGCAGAGACCAGGUGGGGGUUGCUGCAGCAGCUUGUCCCAGCAGCACAGAGCUUUGAUGCAGCCCGUGAGACCCUCCUGGCACGGCUGGGCCCGGGUGAGCGGCUCCUGGCUGAGCUGGGACGGGGCCAUCUGGGGCCCAAGGGCCAGGAGAGGGUUUUGCAGUGCUUGCAGCGCAUGUGUGAGGGAGCUACAGCGUAUGCCGAGGACCUGGGGAGGGCACUGGAGACUGGGCAGCGGCUGGCAGAGCUGCUCAUGGAGGAUGAAGCUCGGCUUGUGAGGCAGCAGCUGGAGGGACUCCAGGAGUGUGUGGAGCAGACUGUGUCUGGUGCUGCCCAGGUUUGGCAGACACUGCAAUGUGCCCAGAGGAUAGGCCGCACUGAACCCUUACCCCCAACAGGCCUAGAGGCCCAGCUGGAUCUGGAGGGGGUGGCCUCAGAGGGGCCAGGGCUCAUGGACCAGGAGCAGGUGUGUAUCCCCUCGUCCCUAACCCUCGGCAGAGGACCCUACCACGUCCUGCGCAGUUUGGAGUCCUCCACCCUGGGGAGCAGGGAUGGCUGGGAGUGUAUCCUCAGGGCUCUCUGCCCUAGUUGGGGUACGUGGGACAAUGCUGGCUUCUUCCCCCAGGUGAGCAUCCAACUGGCCCAGCUAGCAGAGUGGCUUGAGCAGCUGACAUCAAAGGCAGAAGCCCCUGGCCAGGCAGCAGCACCCAUGGUGCCCAUCCAGAAGCAGUGCCUCCCACCAAGUACCCUAGCACCUUCAGGACUGUGGCCAGGCCUGGGAGCUGUGCUGCAGGCAGAGCUGGAAGCCCUGAGAGGGUAUUGGUCAGAAACUCAGGAGCAGGAUACUGGGCUGAAGGCCACGUGGGAGCCAGCCCAAUGGAUUCCAUGUGGCCUAGCACAGCAGGCAGCCAUCAAGAAGGGGCUGAAGCCCGAGGCUGGCUGGGCCCCAGUCCUGCAGGAGUUCCCAGAGGGACAGCAGUCCUUAGUGGUGUCUUGGCCUUGGAGGGGCCCAGCAUGGCGAGGAGGGAUCAACUUCGAGGGCACCUGCCACCUGAGCCUACUGAUGAACCUGCCAGGCAGCCAGCCUGCCAUGUCCUGUCCUCCCAGGGAAAGGCCUUGCACCCUGGAGGGGACACUGCUGCUCAUAAGUCACAUCAUGGAGGAGCUACUCACAUGCCCCUAUGGAUCAAGCCAGGCUGAGCCCCUCAGGACCAAGAGCUGGAGGCUGGAGGUGCUACCUGGAGUCCUGGGGGCUGACAGGCUGAAGCCCUGGGUUGCAGCCCCAGAGCAGGUGCUGACUCAAAGGGAUCUUGACCAGGCUGGCAUCCCAAGAGUGUCCCAAGAAGACCCAAGCUGGCUGCCAUGGGCAGAGGCCACCAUGGGGAGCUGGAGCCACUGGAAGCUGCAGACCAGGGAAAGGUGUUGGCGAGACGAGGAUCACUUGGAGCAGGGUUUCAUGGACCAUGUGUUGGCACCUGGUGAGCAAGGAAGGGACGGAGUGGGCUGCGAAGCUACCUCUGGGGGACUUGGGCCCACAUCCCAGCUCAUCGCCGUGCUGGAGUCAGAGCUCCCUAACAGCCAGCAGCCACCAGCACAUCGCAUGGCCAGAGCAGGGGACACAGAUGGGGAUAAGCACACAGGGUGCCAGAGAUGGGUCCACGAUCCAGAGAACCUUGGUGAACAGGUGGCUCGGGGGGCCCUGAUGGUUCGUGUUGGAGGAGGCUGGGUAGCUCUGGAUGAAUUUCUAGUCAAGAAUGACCCAGGCCGAGCAAAGGGGAGGACCAGCCGAAAGAUCCACGAGAGGUUCCAGUGCUGGGUUGGGGCUCAGAGCCCAAGGGCUCAGGAUAUCAUCGCCCUGAGGCUCUGGACCUCUGUCUCCAGUGCCUGCACCAGACCCCUGCCUCGGAAGACAGGGCUGCCAACCUCCUCAGCACACAGAGAUUCCAGCCCUUCCAAGGUCAAGGCCACUGAGGGGCCCAAGAAGCAGAACCCCAGAGGACACCAGGACCCAGCAGGCACUGGACAGAAAGCAGUGCGUGGAGUCAUCCUCAGGGGGCUGAGCAGGACCCAAAGGACGGGGACUGGAUGAAGAGUGGCUGGGGACAGCAGAACCUCAGUGCGGCUAUCUUGCUCCCACUCUUAGGCAAUAAAAGGCAAUAAAGUCGCGUUG